AUGGCUUCAUCAAAUUUGCUACUUGAGACUCACUUUUUGCAUAUUCCAAAUUUGUCUCCAAAGCAGGCGAAUCUCUGUUAUGGAGUCCGUUUGGUGAACCCUUUAUCUUGUUUAGAUUGGAAGAAUAAAAUUGGGCCGAAAAGGGAUGUUUUCAUGAGAUGUCAUGGUUUGCAAAGUAGUGUGUGUAUUGACCAUGUAGAUGAUGUUGAUGAUCAUGCUGAGAGAAGCUCAGAAUUGCAUCACUUUGGUGUCGGUAAUAACUUCAGAGUUAAAGUGAAACCAAGGAAGGUUAUAGGUUUUACAGGUUUAUCAUCUGAUGGACCGCUUGUCGAGAAUGAAGAAGAGACGAACAAUGAGAUCCUUCAUAACCUGUGCAGCUAUGGGAAGUUAACAGACGCGUGCAAACUUGUCGAGGUAAUGGCACGGCAUAAUCAGGUUCCACAUUUUCCUUCUUGCAGAAACUUAGUUCGUGGCCUAGCCAAAAUCGAUAAAAUGGAUAAAGCAAUGGGUAUCCUGAGAAUCAUGGUAAUGUCUGGUGGGGCUCCAGAUACGAUUACCUAUAACAUGAUCAUCGGAAAUCUUUGCAAGAAAGGGGACUUGAGAUCUGCCUUGAAUCUCUUAGAAGACAUGAGUUUGAGUGGGAGCCCUCCAGAUGUGAUCACAUACAAUACAAUUAUUCGCUGUAUGUUCGAUGAUGGGAAUGCAGAGCAAGCCAUUGAGUUUUGGAAGGAUCAACUGCGGAAUGGUUGCCCUCCGUAUAUGAUUACAUACACAGUUUUGGUCGAACUUGUGUGCAGAUACUGUGGAAGCACUCGAGCUUUGGAAGUUUUAGAAGACAUGGCGGUGGAAGGUUGUCAUCCUGAUAUUGUUACAUAUAAUUCUCUGGUAAACUACAACUGCAGGCGAGGGAAUUUAGAAGAGGUGGCUUUGAUCAUUCAGCAUAUUAUAUCUCGUGGAUUGGAACUGAACACUGUAACUUACAACACUCUUCUACAUUCCCUUUGUUCCCAUGGGUACUGGAAUGAAGUGGACGAGAUUCUAAACAUCAUGUACCGAACAUCCUACUGUCCAACAGUUAUUACUUACAACAUCCUGAUUAAUGGUUUGUGCAAAGCUGGGCUUUUGGGUCGUGCAAUCAAAUUCUUCUACCAAAUGCUGGAGCAAAAGUGCUCGCCUGACAUUGUCACUUACAAUACAGUUCUAGGAGCCAUGUCCAAAGAGGGAAUGGUCAAUGAGGCGAUUGAGUUACUUGGAUUGCUAAGAAACACGAGUUGUUCACCGGGCUUGAUCACUUACAACUCUGUAAUCGAUGGGUUGGCCAGAAAGGGCCUGAUGGAGAAAGCAUUGGAGCUAUACCAUCAGAUGCUGGACGCUGGAAUCUCUCCCGAUGAUAUAACCCGUCGAUCAUUGAUUUAUGGUUUCUGCCGGGCAAACCUAGUUGAAGAAGCGAGUCAAGUUUUAAAGGAGACGAGCAAUAGAGGGAAUGGGAUCAGAGCUAGCACUUACAGGUUGGUAAUCCAAGGGCUAUGCAAGAAUAAAGAGAUGGAAAUGGCGAUACAGGUUGUUGAGAUAAUGCUAACAAGUGGGCGUAAACCAGAUGAGACAAUAUAUACCGCAAUAAUUAAAGGCGUUGAAGAGAUGGGAAUGGGAAGCGAGGCUGAUCAGUUGCAGAAGAAGCUGAAGGAAUGGAAACUCUUGAGAGAAAUGUAG